UUAAUGAGGAAAUAAAUUGAAACAUGUUGGUCCUUGAUGAAAUGAUAGAAAGAUAGGAUUGUGGUUGCAACUGUUUGAAAAAGUGAGAUUUGUAAAAUCUCUCUUUGUUGUCACUUUUCCUUUUCAACUUGGUAUAAGUAGUAGCUUCUGCUUCUCUUUUAACUCCAAAAGUGAGAACUGAAAAGUUCACUAAACCCUCUACUCCUUCUUCACUCUAUUCCUUACUUAUAAGUUGAACCUCACAAUUCACAAAGAAACAAAUUCCUACUACACCAUGUUUAACUUUAACCUUCUUCACCCUUUAACUACAAACAUAUAUUCCAUAAAAAAUUUGAAACAUCCAUCAUUUAGCCUUGUAAGUGAAUACAACAUUCUAUUCAUAAAAGGCUUCAUGAUUUUAUUCCUUAGUUGUAUAACCAUUAGACUUAAUUUUUGUAUUUCAAGCAUCCCUUUUUCCUUGAAAACACUUCCUUUAGAAGGACACUUUAGUUUUGAUGAACUUGACCUAAAAAAUGCAGCUAAAGAUUUUGGCAACAGGUACCAAUCUCAUCCUAUGACAGUACUACAUCCAAAAUCAGUUUCUGAUAUUGCAGUUACUAUAAAGCAUAUAUGGAAUUUAGGUCCAAGUUCUCACCUAACUGUUGCAGCUAGAGGACAUGGCCACUCACUUCAAGGGCAAGCACAAGCUGAAGAGGGAGUUGUGAUCAAUAUGGAAUCACUGAAUGUUGAAGAAAUUAAGGUGUAUGGUGGAGAAUUUCCUUAUGUGGAUGUGUCAGGAGGUGAAUUAUGGAUAAAGAUUUUGCAUGAGACAUUGAAGUAUGGUUUGGCACCAAGAUCUUGGACAGAUUAUUUGCAUCUGACAGUUGGUGGUACUUUAUCCAAUGCUGGUGUUAGUGGUCAGGCUUUUAGGCAUGGUCCACAGAUCAGUAAUGUUCAGAAGAUGGAGAUUGUUACAGGAACUGGAGAGGUGGUAAAUUGUUCUGAAGAGCAAAAUGGUGAACUCUUUUACAGUGUACUUGGAGGAUUAGGACAGUUUGGCAUUAUAACAAGAGCAAGAAUCUUGCUAGAGCCAGCACCUACCAUGGUAAAAUGGAUUAGAGUGCUAUAUUCAGAUUUCACAGCAUUCACUAAAGACCAAGAGAAACUAAUAUUUGCAGAAAAAGCUUUUGAUUACAUUGAAGGAUUUGUGAUAAAAAACAGAACUGGCUUGUUAAAUAAUUGGAGAUUAUCCUUCAAUCCACAAGAUCCUGUUCAAGCUAGCAAGUUCAAAUCAGAUGGAAGAACCCUUUUCUGCCUUGAAUUGGCCAAAUACUUCAAUAUGGAAGAAACCUUGGAAGUAAAUCAGGAUAUUCAGAAACACUUGUCCCACUUGAACUUUAUCCCAUCAACACUUUUUCAAACAGAAGUCACAUAUGUGGACUUUUUAGACAGAGUACAUAUCUCAGAAGUAAAAUUGCGUUCAAAAGGUUUGUGGGAUGUUCCACAUCCAUGGCUCAAUCUUUUCAUACCCAAAAGCAAAAUACACAAUUUUGCAGAGGUAGUAUUUGGCAAUAUCGUCAAGGAAACAAGCAAUGGUCCUGUCCUUAUUUACCCAGUACACAAAUCAAAGUGGGACAAGAGAACAUCAGUUGUUAUCCCAGAUGAAGAUAUAUUCUAUUUAGUGGGAUUUCUUGCCUCAUCCAGUGGACCUGAUGAACUUGAACAUAUUUUAAGUCAAAACAAAAGAAUUUUAGAAUAUUGUGAAAGAGCCCAUCUUGGAGUAAAGCAAUAUUUGCCCCACUACACUACACAAGAAGAAUGGCAGACACAUUAUGGUCAUAAAUGGGAGAUUUUCAAGCAAAGAAAAUCUAUUUAUGACCCAUUGGCUAUACUUGCACCUGGCCAAGGAAUAUUUUCUAAAUCAAUAACUUUCUCAUGACAGCAGCUACAUUUAAUUCUAUUUUAUUUAUAUGAAAAGGAACAAGCCUUGCAUAUAAUGUGUGUGGAAGCAAGGCAGAAGAGUCAAGUCAACUAAGGAGAUCAAACGUUUCAAAUAUGAAGUAUCAUAGGAUUUCAAAAAAUAUAUACCUGCUGUAUAUAUUCAAUUUUGUAAACAAAUCCUUAUUUUAUUUCUUUAUGUAACCCGUUUCAAGAAAGAAAGUAUGUUAUUUUACA